AUGCGGAUUACGGAUGGCCGUCAGGGCAAGGCGAAGGCGCAUGUUGUGAGGAGUAGGGCAUUUCAGCUGACAGCUGAGGAGGCUCAUGCAACACCUGACGUGGUGAUGGGGUCGUUCAUUGUGAAGGGUAUCUCUGUUUUGGUUUUGUUUGAUUCGAGGGAUACUCGAUCCUUUGUAUCUCUUGUACUUAGCAAGAGGUUUGUCAUUACUCCGGAGGAGGUAGAUUGUCCAUUAGAGGUUGAGAUUAUUGAUAAUCAUCUUGUGCGGGUAUCGAGGGUUCAUCAGGGUUGUGUGUUGGAGUUGUUCAGUGAUCGGCAUCCGGUUGAUUUGGUUUAUAUUCCCUUAUGUGAGAGCAAGGUCAAUGUGGGGAUGAAUUGGUUGAGCCCCAAUGAGGUAAUGAUUGAUUGCAAGCAUCAAUCGGUGCCGAUUCGGACCCCAAGUGAGUGA